UAACACUUCAAUUUACAACACAACACAUUUUUGACAGUAAUAUUUAUCUGUAUUCUGUUUUGAUUUUACAAGCAAAUAUCACAUUUAUGUGUUUUGUUUAUAUUUGAGGCUCUGCAAAAUAAAAUAUUUUAAUUAAGAUGAAUGAAAAAGAAAAGGAAAAGGAGGAAAAGAAACCUGUGGUUGUAAAAAAUGCUACAGAUCUGCAGAGGCUCAGACUGGAGAAGCUUAUGGCUAAUCCUGAAAAGCCAGUAACUAUACCCGAAAGGCGUAAGGAGAAGACAUUGCCUGCGCCACCAGAUUUUGUCCGAAAUGUGAUGGGUUCCAGUGCUGGUGCUGGUUCAGGAGAAUUUCAUGUGUAUAGACACCUUAGGCGGAAAGAAUAUGCCAGGCAAAAGUUUAUUCAGGAAAAAAGUGAACAGGAAAAACUCGAUGAGGACUACCACAACAAAAUAGAAGAAAAUAAACGAAAAGCUGAUGAAAAGACUGCGAAGAAAAGAGCUAAGAGGUUAAAGAAAAAGCAAAAGGCCAAAAAACCUAAAACAUUAAAUUUGGAAAAGAAAACAGGUUCUCAAUCAGACAGCAGUGAUAGUGACUCAAAUGAUUGUGAUGGUAAUAAUGACAGUGAAACUAAUGAAAUUGAACAAACAGAUAAUACAUCUGCUUCAGAAACAAGUGUCAAUAAAGUGGUUAGUGAAUUAGAUAGAUAAAUAUAACUUACAUAACCUGUGUAUUUGUAUUCACUUAUAUAUACAGUAGAGACUGAAUUAACUGGACUUGUUGUUAUCAGCCAUUUGGAUGAACAAAAAUCUGGGUAAUUGUUUUAUUGAAGGAAAGAUACUUUUGUACAAAAUAUUAAACAUAUACAAAAUAAUUGUGCCUUCAUAGAUACACGAAAAAACCCGUAAUGUUAGGUGUGUAUGCAGAAAAACAGAAAAAAAAAACAAUUGAUAUAAUAAAUUUGUAAAUAAACAAA